AUGGCUUCUCCCCAACCAGCCCAGCCACCUGACGUUCCACGCUCACCGGAGCAUCAGCCUGAACCUGAUCCGAUCAAUCCUCCGACAGACGCAGAACAAAUUUCAGUCGAUCGAGGUGGGACUUCCUUGGCCAUGGAAGCAAUGCUGCCCCUCCUCUUGCUCCCCGACGGUGACACCCUCGUGUACAUCGAUCCGCCCCCAGCAUGCAGCCCUCCCCGCCGGAUGGUCACAUCAACAAUCCCUCAUCGUAUCCAUAGCGCUAAAUUAUUGGCGACCGGCUCGAAGUACUUCUCAAAGCUCUUCCAACCUCGAGUGCAGGCCCGGGUUGCAAAGCAACGGGGCUUUGGAGGCGGACUGCCCGAAGGCAUCCACUACCUCCUAGACCUGACACCGCCCAUCUUGGAAGACGAUGCCAUCAUCCAGGUAACGGAGAUCUCCUGUCCAUUGCCGGUUCGAACCUGGGCAUGGCAAAAAAAUGUGUGGCGCCUACCUCGGUCCUGUAUCGGGGGCCUCGACAGCUGCGAAUCGGCCGAACUGAUACUACACGCGGCCUUGCCCCCAUUGGCCUCCUCACCAGAGGAAGACGAUGACUGGGACCAACGUGAAAGCAGCCAUUUAUACGUGCCUGCCGAAUCGCUUGAGGGUGAUUCUGUUGACGACGAGCCCCACGAGGGAGAAUCCAGCCAGUUUGAAGACGUCAAGUCCCAGGCGAAGCAAAUGGGUCUGCCGGUGGAAUACUCUGCCGAGCGCCAUCGCGAAGGAAUUGAGCACCUGUUGCAUGUAUUGGAGGGCCUCAGCAUUACCCUCAAUACCCCGUCCAAAAUGUGGACAUUCUUUGCAUUGGCCAAAGUAUUUGAUGUGCCGACCGUGCCGACUGUGAGCGGAUAUAUUCUUGCGUGGUUUUACGAGGGAAAUAACACCAAGUUCAUUGACGCCCACCCGGAGAUCGCAUACCGAGUCGCCUGCACAAUAAAAUCUUCAGAGCUUUGCCGUCGUUCAUUCGUUAUCCUUGUCGGGGACGAAGCCCUGCUGUAUACGAUUCGAUCAGCCCAAAUCACGCCUCUGCAUACCUUUGUGGAAACCUUUUCACACAGUCGAAUCCGUGAUUUCCUCGAGGAUACAGAGGUUCAGCGUAUUGAAUAUGCGAGCAAAAGCUUUUCCGAUUAUAUCAUUGACCGCUUUUUGCAUCUCGCUGGGGCUGAGAUGAGCUGGAUGGAAGACAAUCGCCAAUUCCAGAAAAUAGCCCAACACCGACGGCAAUUUCCUGAAGACCACAGAGCGGUUGACAGGUUGAUAGACCAUCUUAAGGUUUUUGUGAGAUACAGAAUUUACAGAAUCUUGGAGAAAGUUAAAGAUCCUGCUCGACCCGGUGACGCAACAGGCUCUUGGUAUCGCUCCUUCAAGAACCCCGACAUUCUUCCACGCCUCAUUGGAAGAAGCUUUUGGUACAAUCUUCUGUCUCUCGAUUUGAAUCUGGUGUCCGAUAUAGAUGACAAGUUAGUUCCUCACGCAACAGUCUCAGAUAUCGGUCCCGGGUUACUCGCUUUCAAAGACCACGAGAAGGCUAGGUUGUGCAAUUUUGGCAAGCCCUUGCUUGAGCUCGAAACUGGUAUUUUUAAUCGACGAGUCGAAUCCCAGAUCAUGAAGAAACACAACCCUUUCUCUUUCCAUAACUUGACGAUUAAUCUGCGGCACUCACCACCAACACCAAACGACCCCAGCUUUUUAUCGGACGCUAGAAUGACCGCAGAUUCAAACAUCCACAGUCGCCCCUUGACUUUAAACCAGCGGCAAAACUCAGAUGGCAGCACAUGUGAUUCGGUCUCGACUCGAAGUUUCCCAAUGUUCUUCUCUUCACCAGGUGAAACAAGUCUACCGGCCAAUGCAGCUUCAGAUUUGCAGGAUUAUUCAGAUACUUGUGACCACAUGGUUCCGACAAAGCCAAGCUCAAGUUAUUUUGAAAAUACUGAUUCGGACAAAACCCAGAUGAAGCUUGAAAUAGAACAAAAGAAGUUUGAUUUGAAUGGGUUCCUUACGCACGCGUCCGCAUCCAUCCGUCAAUAUGUCCGGGAUUUGCUUUUCAGAUCUGAGUAUUUUUCAGAGGCGAAUGAUGGCACUGAAACUCUCAACUGUUUGACAGAGAGACAGUUAAGGUUCCUGCCGCUAUGGGCCGGAGGCGACGACGAUGGGAGCGGGGGAGUUUUUAGUGAAAACAUCCCUAUAAUGGAAGAUGGAGGAUUCUCCACUCCGGGGCCUGCCAUACACACCGGAAGUGUGGCCUCAACGGAGGAAUCGUUCAGCGACCUCGAUCCGUUUGACUCCCGCAGUACUGUGCAAGGCGCAUCUCACCACGCCACGCACUCACAUAUCUCUUAUCUCCAGUCUGUGAGCUCAGUCGCGGAGGGGUCAGUGGUGCAAGUCGAUGUCGAUGUCGAUGCUGCGGCUAGUGAUGGCAACAGCACCGUGAUGAUGAGCCAUCAAUCUGACAUUGGUGACGACCUUGAUAUGAAUCACCCUGAUGACUUUGACAAUGAUGAGGAUAAUUACUUUACGAAUGAUGCCAACGUUCAUGACUUCGAGAUACUUUGA